AUGGACUGGAUCCUUUGUUCCUUCAAGACAGAGGAAGCUGUGGAGGAGGUUAUUAAUAGCGGACUUUGGUUCGUUGGAGGUCAUAUAGUCAGAAUGGAUAGGUGGACCACUGAUUUUGAUCCUUAUUCUUUUAGAGGGAUCACUGCUCCCAUUUGGAUCCGUCUCCCCUGUCUGCCGCUGUAUUGCUGGGAUGAUGACAACAUUGCAAGAAUUGCAUCUCGAAUUGGAACGCCGAUGUAUUUUGAUGGUAAUACCUUCUAUUGUGGGAAGAGGGAGUUUGCUCGAAUAUGUGUUAAAAUGGAUUUAGAGAAGAAGCUACCAAACGGUGUUUGGGUAGAAGGAGCUGCGGGUAGGUUUUUCCAACAUGUAGAGUAUGAAAAGGUUGAUUUACUCUGUUAUAAAUGUGGUCGUGUUCGCCAUAAUCAGAAUGGAUGUCCUGUUGAAGUUGCGCAGGGGAUUUCAGAUCAAACCACGGUUGAAAAUCAGGAAGAUGCUGAAGUAAAUCUGGGGGUGAUUAAGAAGGAUUACGGACCGUGGAUACAUGUUUAG